AUGACAUCCAUUUCAUUUGGCGGUAUUAAGGAUGGGAGCCAGAUAAAGAUCAAUAACGGCUCUACUCAUCUUCUUCUAGAAACUCCAUCCGCUCCUCAGUCAACCAUUCUCUUCCGCCGUGACCCCGACUUAGUCAAUCGUGGAAGAUUCCUCGAUCAGAUUCAUGAAAAAAGCACUGGACUUAGUGCAAUCCCCAAAUCAGGAUACGAAGAGGUCUAUCUGGUCGGAAGUUGA